AACCCUUUGGCUUUAUUGUUUGUUCCGAGGAGUGCUCUCGACUUUUAUGCUAUUUUCUGUGUGAAAUACGUGAUUUUGUGUUCCUAUCGAUACAUCAUUGUGCAGAGAAAGAGUCAAGUCAUGCACUUUAAGUAAAAGUGGGAAAUAGGGGGAUUAUCUGGUGAGAGAACAAUGCCGCCGGCGUACGGAAUGAUUGGGGGCGCGGCGACUUCGUCAACUGUGGUCGAUUCGACGCAGAUGAACGUGUUCCGGAGCUAUGUGUCGAUGCUGGCCGAUCCGAUGGCCAAGGAGGAGGUUAAGCUGAAGGCGGCACAGGAGCUGAGCGAGAACUUUGAGAUAAUAACGCAAUGUUCGGGCUAUCAGUCCUUCUUGGAACACGCCAUGAAGAUAUUCAUCAAAGUCCUCCAAGAUGGCGAACCGCAGUUCAUCUCGGAGAACAACAUUCAGCAGGUGCGGAAGCUCAUUCUCGAGAUGAUCCAUCGCUUGCCCACUUCUGAGGUCUUGCGACCGUACGUGAAGGUCAUCCUCACACUGAUGCUGAAGUUGUUGCGCGAGGACAAUGAAGAAAAUGUUCUGGUGUGCCUGAGAAUCAUCAUUGAGCUGCACAAGCAAUAUCGGCCGGCCUUCAAUCCAGAGAUUGGACACUUCUUGGCCUUCGUGAAGACCAUCUACUCUGAGCUGCCGAAGCACAUGCCGAAGAUAUUCGAGCCGCGUGCUCCGAUUCGCGUAAAAGAUCUGAAGGAGUUGAAUUUGGAGCAGCUCCUAGCCGAGACUUACACGAUCACACCCAUUCAAGUGGAGAAGAAGACUACGGACGGCACAACGGUGACUCAAAAUUUGAUCCCCAAAGGAGUUCUGUCUCUGAAAGUGCUGCAGGAGCUGCCGAUAAUUGUCGUGCUUAUGUACCAGAUCUACAAACCUUUUGUCCAUCAGGAAGUGGCUGAAUUUGUGCCCUUGAUCAUGACUACAAUCACACUUCAACCAUCUCCUAUUCAUCGGCAAUCACCGGCCUUCAACAAGGAGGUUUUUGUCGAUUUCAUGGGAGCACAAAUCAAGACUCUCUCAUUUCUGGCAUACAUCAUUCGUUUGUUUACUGAGGUGAUUGUAACACACUCCGCAUCAAUGGUGAAGGGAAUGCUGAGCCUCCUGCAACUCUGUCCGAAGGAAGUUGCUCAUCUGCGCAAGGAACUCUUGAUUGCUGCCCGGCACAUCUUGGCAACAGAAUUGAGAAAUAAGUUUGUGGGACUGAUGGACAAGCUGUUCAAUGAGGACUUGCUUCUCGGUCGCGGCUACACAACACACGAAUCCCUCCGGCCUCUGGCUUACUCGACAUUGGCUGACUUGACACAUCAUGUGCGACAGAAUCUGAGUCUUCCCGUCCUGGCGAAGGCGGUGCACUUGUUCUCGAAGAAUGUCCAUGAUGAAUCUCUCCCGACAAGCAUUCAGACGAUGUCGUGCAAGUUACUGCUGAAUCUUGUGGACUGUAUUCGCCAGAGGAGUGACACUGAGAGCUCAACGGCACGUGAUCUGCUCAUCACGAUGCUGAAAGUGUUCACACUCAAGUUUCAGACUAUUGCCAAGAUUCAAUUGCCGCAAAUCAUGAAGAAAUGCGCGCCCAAUUCAAGGAGAACUCAGAAGCCCGAUGAAUCCUCAACGCCCACCAACAGUGGCACUCCAACCCAGGCCAAUCCGCCGGCGCUCACAGCCACAGACUCGCUACGGUCGGAUUCAGUGAGCUUUGACGUUCCUUCUUCUGAUCAGCCCACAAAGUUGGGCAGCAUUGGCUUUCCGCCGCCGCCGAAUCUGAAUGUGGCGGAGUACCGAAGUCUGGUGAAGACGCUUGUGUGCGGAGUGAAGACUAUUACGUGGGGAUGUGCAGGAUGCAAAUCACCACUGAGCGAUUGUACCAAUCCGAGCCAGCAAUCGAAGGUGUUCCAGCCGAGCGAGAUACUGAUAUUCAUCGAUCUCGUGCAGUGGGCAUUGGAGGCGCUCGACAUCUAUAUGAUAAACGUGCCGACGGUCGGGCCGAGCGCUGGGCAGAUGGUGAAGACGGUGAGUCAGGUGCCACGCAGCAAGGAGGAAAAGGAGGUGCUGGAGCACUUUAGCGGUGUGUUUCUGAUGAACAAUCAGAACUUCCAGGAGAUUUUCGCGUCGACAAUCGACUUCAUGGUGGAGCGUCUGCAUGAGAAUCCGGCGCUUCAGGUGAUAGCCAACUCCUUCUUGGCCAACUCGGUGACAUCACCGCUGUUUGCCACGGUGCUGGUGGAGUAUCUCCUGGAGCGCAUGGAGGGCAUGGGAUCGAACGUGGAGAGAUCAAAUCUGUACUUGCGACUCUUUAAGCUCGUCUUCGGCAGCGUGAGUCUGUUUCCGGCUGAGAAUGAGCACAUGUUGCGUCCGCAUCUCCACAACAUCGUCAAUAGAUCCAUGGAAUUGGCGAUGACGGCCAAGGAGCCAUACAAUUACUUCCUCCUGCUGCGCGCCCUCUUCCGAUCUAUAGGUGGUGGCAAUCACGAUUUGUUGUAUCAAGAAUUUCUUCCGCUGCUGCCGAAUCUGCUGGAGGGACUCAAUAGACUCCAGAGUGGAUUCCACAAGCAACACAUGAAGGACUUGUUUGUGGAGCUGUGUUUGACUGUGCCAGUGCGACUGUCAUCUCUCCUGCCAUAUUUGCCGAUGCUGAUGGAUCCCCUCGUGUCGGCGCUCAACGGAUCGCACACGUUGAUCAGUCAGGGUCUGCGAACACUAGAAUUGUGCGUUGACAAUCUACAGCCGGACUUUCUGUACGAUCACAUUCAGCCUGUGCGUGCGGAAUUAAUGCAGGCUUUGUGGCGCACGCUGAGGAAUCAAGACAGUGCGGCACUUGUGGCAUUCCGUGUGCUUGGUAAAUUUGGCGGUGGGAACAGGAAAAUGAUGAUAGAACCUCAGCGACUGGAGUACAAUGACAGAGACACACCAGCGCCGGCUAUCAUGGCGUGCUUCCAGGACAGUCUGCAACCUGUUGACUUCCCUAUGGACAAAGUAAUCGAGACGGCGUUUUCUGCACUGAAAUCCAGCGCGACGGAUCCAUUCUACUGGCGUCAGAGCUGGGAAGCUAUUCGCUGCUACCUGGCGGCUUCCCUAUCGCUGGAUGAUGACAAACACACCCUGCAGAAGCUCUUCAUGCAUCCCAGCUUUGUGGAGGGUAACAUUGGCACGAUGCUGCCACAACAGUAUCGCGCUCCGGACUCUCAGGCCAGGCAGACACACCAGACAGCCCUGACGGGGAUGUUUGUGGCUGCAGCCACGAAAGACUUGCGAGAGUCUGUUCUGCCCACGAUGGUAGCUGUGGUAAGACACUACACAAUGGUGGCGAUCGCCCAGCAAGCUGGACCGUUUCCCCACAAGUACUAUCAGAUGAACAACGGACUCGAUCCUCUGGUGCUCAUUGAUGCUCUUGCGGCGAUUAUGGGACACGAGGAGAAAGAGUUGUGCAAACCAGGACGCUUCGCGAUGGUGCUCAUCCUGCAAACAGCCACCAGCAUUAUGGGGACGAAAGAGAGAGCGUGUCGCCUGCCAAUGAUGCAGUACUUGGCUGAGCAAAUGUGCAAUCUCUGCUACGAGCGUCCGUGGUAUGCGAAGAUGGGCGGCUGUGAUGCUCUGAAGUUUCUCUAUCAACACAUGGCCAUGCGAUGGCUGUACCAACACCUCUUCGUCUUCCUCAAAGCCUUCAUGUUUGUCAUCAUGGAUUUGGCGGGUGAAGUGUCGAGUGGAGCUAUUGACACGGCCAAGACGAAUCUGGAAGAGAUGCUGCGCAUUUGCAUGGUGCCGCUGGAUAAGGAGUGCAGGAAUGAGGAGUUGAUUGCCACGCAGAAUAAGGCAAUGUAUGAAGUGAUUCACGAGUUGGUGCGCCAAGUCACCAGUCCGCAUACACUCGUUCGUGAGCAGGCAAUGUCAUCCCUGAAAUUGAUCGCUGAGCUACAGGGGAAGACGGUGACGGACAUUAUGGAGCCUCAUCGCGAAGUGCUUGUCGAUAUGAUUCCGCCGAAGAAACAUUUGUUGCGCCAUCAGCCAACAAGUGCCCAAAUUGGCCUGAUGGAUGGAAACACCUUCUGCACGACUCUCGAGCCGCGACUCUUCACCAUUGAUUUUGCCCACAUCACGCACAAAGUCUUCUUCCACGAGUUGCUGACACUGUGCAAAGCUGAAGACAACAUUCUGAAUAAACUGGAUUGUUACAAGAACGUAACAAAUCUCGUGCCGCUACGAAAGAGCGCCUUGAGAGCUCUUGCGGCAUUUCACUACAUCACGGCGGCAGGAUAUCGGGAGGAAAUAUUCAAGAUUCUCUUCAACACACUGGAGAAGAACAAUCCUGAACUGCAGGAAGCGGCGUUUGAGUGUAUGCAGAAGUUCAUAGCUGGCUUCCCAAUUGAGAAGGAGAUUGUCUAUGCGGGAAUGAAGUCAUUGCUAACGACACUUGGUGACUACAGGAAUCUCACGUUGAGUGGUGUGAAGAGUCUGUCGUAUUUGACACAACUCUUUCCGUCGAUGUUCAAUGAGAAGCUGUGUGAGCAACUGUUGCAGCACAUUAAGAAGCUCCUUGAGCACUCGAUUGCUGCAAAUAAGAGUACGGAUCAAAACUUCCUGGCAGUGGCAAAGACUGGAGAGACUGAACAGAAGAUCACAACUAUUAUCGGCAUUUUUCAUCAGAUUCCGGCAGCUUCGUCGAAAUUUGUGGACUGCUUGUGCCGCUUAGUGCUUCAAACGGAGAAAACUAUCAUUAUCGAGUCUUCGAGUCCAUAUCGCGAGCCUCUGAUCAAAUUCUUGCUGCGCUACCCGAAAGAGACAUUAGAUUUACUGCUGAAUGAUGCGAAUGUGAAAGAUCCGCAGUGGAAUCGCUUCUUGAUCUAUCUGCUGAAGCAUAAAGAUGGAGCAACAUUCAGGCUGGCCAUGGAGAGUCAGUCACCACAACUCGUGGCGCUGAUUAUGACGAGUCCUUUUGACCAGGGAAGCAGCCAGAUGCAGGCGGGACAAUUGCCGCAGCAGCAAAUGCCACAGCCGCAAUUCUAUAUGGAUCGCUACGAAGCUCUACAUCAAGCCAUCUUGAUUGUCCACACGCUAACACAGUAUGACGAUCAGUGGUUGGCAACACAGACCGAUAUUGUGCACGCGCUGAAGACUCUCUGGACAAAUGAGCUGUACAAAACCUGCGAAGCGUCGAUUGUGUGCGAUAUGUGGCAUUUGGUGGCAAAAAUCCUGCUUCACUACUUUUCUCAUCACACGCACGAUAUUGACUUAUUGUUUCAACUGCUUCGAGCGCUGUGCCUGCGAUUUAUUCCCGACUUUCAGUUUCUACGCGACUUCCUGCAGAAUGUCGUGGCUCAGAGUUACACAGUGGAUUGGAAGAGGAAGGCUUUCUUCUACUUCGUUGACAAUUUCAACAAUCCCAACAUUUCGCUCGAGUUGAAGGCCAAGAUAUUGACAUGCAUCCUCAUUCCGAGCUUCGCUGUGAGCUUUGAGAAAGGCGAGGGGAACAAAUUGGUUGGCGCACCGCCGACGCCGUAUCAAGAGGAUGAUAACAAUGUGGUGUCUGUGUUUAUAAUGAAGGUGAUCGAUCAUGACAACCCGUACGCAAAUGAUGAUGCCGUUCGCAUUGCUCUGCUGCAAUUUGCGUGUCUGCUCGUUGAGCGUGCGUCAUCACACAUUCACGAUGGUGAUGCAAAUAACAAGAAGCAGAGCAACAAAUUGCGGCGACUGAUGACUUUUGCGUGGCCAUGCUUGCUGGGGAAGAACUGCGUUGAUCCUGCUGCGCGGUAUCAUGGUCAUCUGCUUCUCAGUCACAUCAUUGCCCGUCUGGCUAUUCACAAGAGAAUCGUCCUGCAGGUGUUCCAUUCACUGCUGAAGGGACAUGCUAUAGAGGCGAGAUCUGUUGUGCGUCAGGCACUGGAAGUGCUCACACCGGCGAUGCCACUGCGAAUGGAGGAUGGCAACACGAUGUUGAAUCACUGGACGAGGAAGAUCAUUGUUGAGGAGGGACACUCGAUGCAGCAAUUGUUUCACAUUCUGCAAUUGGUUGUGAGACAUUACAAAGUAUACUAUCCGGUUAGGCAUCAUCUCGUGCAGCACAUGAUCAACUCGAUUCAGAGACUCGGCUUCUCAGCAACGGCCACGGUGGAGUAUCGCAAGUUAUCGGUGGAGUUGGCGGAGGUGAUCAUCAAGUGGGAGCUGCAGAGGAUUAAGGAGGAGAAUGAUGAGACAGCGCCAGCUGAGGAGGAGGAAGGAAGUGACACGAAAACGAGCCAAUCGGGUGCUGUGAAGAGGUCCAUGCAGGAGGAGCAUGGAGAGAUGGCGAGGAAGAAGCAGCAGAGUUCAGAGGCUGGACCAUCGAGUGGACAGCCAGUCGUGCCGAAAGUGGAGGGCGCAAAUCGGCCCAUUGAUCGUGUUCACUGUGACACGGUGCUGAACUUCUUGAUGCGAUUGGCGUGUCAGGUGCACGAAUUGAAUACUCAGCCGGGACAGGUGUCGGCUGGCGAGAGUCUCUCGCGACGCUGUGUGACACUCCUGAAGAUGGCUAUGAAGCCCGAAGUGUGGCCACAGCCGUGUGACUUGAAAUUGGGAUGGUUGGACAAAGUGUUCGCCAGUGUUGAGACUCAACAGCCGAACUUUGGUAACAUUUGCACGGCACUGGAGUUGUUGACAUUCUUGUUGACGGUGAUGAAGAAGGAUCAGAUUUUGACAACAUUUCGACCACUUCAGCGAGGUCUUUCUGUGUGUGUCAACUGCACAAAUACGAAAGUGAUUCGUCUGAUGCACAGUCUUCUGGCCAAAUUGAUGUCACUCUUUCCCACGGAUUCACAUCAUAAGUACGAAGAGUUGGAGACACUUUAUGCAACAGUGAACAAGAUGAUUUGCGAUGGACUGAGUCAGUAUGAGAAGAGUCAGCAGGCGAAUCCGUCGACACUGUUUGGGACACUGAUGAUCCUAAAGGCGGCGUGCAUGAACAAUCAGAGCUACAUUGAUCGCUUGAUGGUGCCGUUUAUGAGACUGUUGAAUCGUCUGACAAAGGACCAUUUGGCGGGUUGUAUGGCACCACCGAAUAGUGGGCAACCGGACGUUGGUCUUUCGCCUGUGGCUCUGGAAUUGCUCAUACUGUCGCUGGAUCUGGUGAAGAAUCGCGUGGUUGUGAUGGGCGUGGAGAUGCGUAAGGUGUUCAUUGGCAAUAUCCUCGUGGGAUUGAUUGAGAAGAGCACAGAUGUGAAGGUGAUGAAGGCAAUUGUGAAGAUGAUUGAAGAGUGGAUGAGGCACAAGAACACGCCAAUCACUGUGACUCAGGCACCGACAUUACGUGAAAAGUCAAUUCUAUUGGUGAAGUUGAUGCAUUUUGUAGAGAAGCGCUUUGCUGAGGAUCAAGAGUUGAAUGCGCAGUUUCUGGAAUUAAUCAACUACAUUUAUCGCGAUGAUCAGCUGAAGCAGACGGAGCUGACGUCGAAACUGGAGGCGGCAUUUGUGGCGGGACUGAGAUGCAAUCAGCCGAGCAUCAGGGCGAAGUUUGUGGAGGUGUUCGAUGGGUCAAUGAGGAGACGGAUGCAUGAUAGAUUGUUGUACAUUGUGUGCUCACAAGCGUGGGACUCAAUUGGACAGCACUAUUGGGUGAAGCAGUGCAUUGAGUUGGUGAUUCUUACUGCAAACUCUUCGACGCAAAUUCAGAAUGCCAAUGAGAGUCACUUGCUGCCGAGUGUGUCGUCAGUGAUAAAUCUGGCGGAUUCUGAUGAGAAGAAGAACUUUGUCAUCUUCACCUCCUUUCAAAAUGAUCCGCAGGAGCAAUUUGAUGCCAUUGAGGACAAAGAGGAUGCAUUUGAUAUGGACAUGAGUGUGGAAUCGACGGUGUCGAGACGGGAGGAGAGUGAAAGGCCAGUGGCUAAUCGCCAGACGCAAUUGGUCAAGUUGAUAAAUCGUCAGUCCAAGUUUCUGGAGGCGAGUCGGAAGAUUCGCACUGAACAACUUCUUGUGGCGACAUCACAACUGUGCCACAUGGACACACAAUUGGCGGAGAGAGUGUGGCUGGACAUGUUCCCGCGCAUUUGGACGGUGCUCGAGGAGGAGCAUCAGAAUGCACUGGCGCAGGAGUUCCUGGCAUUCUUGUCAUCCGGAACGCACAACAAUCAGAAGGAUUGCCACCCGAGUGCAAUGAACACCUUCGUAGAGGCUCUGACGCGGUGUCAGCCACCAAUUGUGAUUCCGCCACAUUUGAUGUCAUAUCUGGGCAAGGCGCACAAUCUGUGGCAUCGCAUGACGCUGAUGUUGGAGAACAUGGCGCAAUAUUGGCCACAAAAGAAGGAGUCGAGUCAGCAGGAUAUCUCGGAGGCGAACUUGAACAAUUUCUACGGCGGAGAGUUUACGCAACAAGACGUUUAUGAUCCACUUUCGCAGAUGUAUUCUGUGCUGCAGGAGGAGGAUUUGUGGGCUGGAUUGUGGCUGAAGUAUGCAAAAUAUCCGGAGACAAACAAUGCCAUAGCGUAUGAACAGAUGGGAUUCUUCGAGGAGGCGCAGAAUGCUUACGAUAUCGCCAUGUCGAAGUUGAAGCACGACAUGGCAAAUGGUCCAGUGCCAUUUGACAUCAAUAACGAACUUCUGCUGUGGGAGAAUCACUGGAUUCGAUGUGCCAAGGAAUUGAAUCAGUGGGAUUUGUUGUUGGACUAUGCGCAAGCGAACAAAGACAAGAACUUUAUGUUGAUCAUGGAGAGUGCGUGGCGUGUUCCGGAUUGGAAUCUAAUGGAGCAAGCAUUGCUGAAGGUGGAGCAGAGUUGUCCGAAACAGGCGACGUACAAAGUGAAUCUCUAUCGUGGCUUUUUGACCAUACUGAACCUGGAGAAGCAAAGACUCAAUUCUGUGGAGACUUACGUAGAGAUGGCAUCGAAGUUGUGCAUGAGAGAGUGGCGUCGAUUGCCACAUAUUGUUUCCCACAUUCAUUUGCCGAUUUUGCAAGUGGCGCAGCAGAUAAUGGAGCUGCAGGAGGCGAACCAGAUUCAUCAGGGAUUGCAACAGGUUAAAAUGACAUCCUCUCUUCACGAUAUGAAGGCUAUCGUAAAGACGUGGAGGAAUCGUUUGCCUGUGAUCGCUGAUGAUCUAUCUCAUUGGAGUGACAUUUUCACGUGGCGCCAGCAUCACUAUCAAAUCAUCACGGAUCACUUGAAGCAACAAACGGAGUCUGGGAACAAUAUGUUGGGUGUUCACGCGUCGGCGCAGGCGAUAAUACACUUUGGCAAGAUUGCUAGGAAGCACAACUUGCGCAGUGUCUGCCAAGAUUCCCUGUCGCGAAUCUACACGAUACCGCAGGUGCCAAUUGUUGACUGCUUCCAAAAGAUCAAGCAGCAGGUGAAGUGCUAUCUUCAAAUGGCUGCCGUAUCGGGAAGGAAUGAGCUGAAUGAGGCUGUGGAGGUGAUUGAGUCGACCAACUUCAAGUAUUUCAACCAUGAGAUGUCUGCGGAGUUCUAUGCCUUCAAAGGACUACUCUUGGCGCAGAUUGGACGCUCUGAGGAUGCCAAUAAGGAGUUCAGUGCGGCCGUUCAAAUGCAUGAUACACAGAUCAAGGCGUGGGCUCUUUGGGGUGAUUACUUGGAGCAUGUCUUCACAACAGACACAGCACAGCCGAGGAAUAUACAGAAUGGCUUGGGCGCGAUGACGUGCUUCUUGCACGCGUGCCGCCAUCAGAAUGAGUUCAAGUCGCGCAAGUAUCUGGCCAAAGUGCUGUGGUUGCUUUCCUAUGACGACAAAUCAUCGGCUUUGAUGGAGAUGUUGGAGAAGUACUCGGUUGGCGUUCCGCCACUUCACUGGAUCCCCUGGAUUCCGCAGCUGCUGUGCGCACUGGUGCAGUACGAGGGGAAUGUGAUACUGAAUCUCUUGAGCCAAGUGGGCAGAAUGUUCCCACAGGCUGUCUACUUCCCCAUUCGCACGCUGUAUCUGACGCUGAAGAUUGAACAACGCGAGCGCUACAAGAAUGCCGAGCAGGCGACUUUGGCGGCAGCUAGCAAGGGUCAGGCGUCGACCAGUGGAGUGUCUUCGGCCACGCCGAGUGGUGCGGAAGCCUCCCCAGUGCCUACUCCAUCCCCCAUCACGGUGACGACGCAGCCGGGAAGCAGCGGCAGCACGGCGGCCGGAGAACAGCCGGCUGGAGCAUCCGCGGGCCCGAUCAAGGCCACACCGCCGAUGUGGCGGUGCUCGAAGAUCAUGCACCACCAGAGGGACAUUCAUCCCACGACACUUAGCUCACUGGAGGGCAUCGUGGACCAAAUGGUGUGGUUCAGGGAGAACUGGUACGAGGAGGUUCUACGUCAGCUGCGGCAGGGAUUGACAAAAUGCUACGUGAUUGCCUUCGAAAAUCGGGGAUCGGUGAAUGAGGCCACAAUCACGCCGCAUACGCUGAAUUUCGUGAAGAAAUUGGUAUCAACAUUUGGCAUUGGUAUAGAGAACAUCAGCAGUUCUGUGGCUUCGACGUUUGCGUCUGCGGCAUCAGAAUCACUGGCGAAGCGCGCUCAGGCUACAGUUCAGGAUCCAGUCUUUCAGAAGAUGAAGGGUCAAUUUUCAAGUGACUUUGACUUCUCUCAGCCUGGCGCCAUGAAAUUGCACAACCUGAUCAGCAAGCUGAAGAAGUGGAUAAAGAUUCUCGAGGCGAAGACGAAGCAAUUGCCAAAGGUGUUCCUGAUUGAGGAAAAGUGUCGCUUUUUGUCAAAUUUCAGCCAAAAGACAGCCGAAGUGGAGCUACCUGGAGAAGUGCUGGGCUCUCGACCGUCUCACUAUCACAUUCGCAUUGCGCGCUUCAUGCCGCGCGUUGAGGUGGUGCAAAAACACAACACAGCAGCUAGGAGAUUGUCCAUUCGAGGAACGAAUGGGAAGAUCUACAAGUACUUGGUGGUGAAUGACUCAGGAUUGGGCGAUGCGCGACGCGAGGAGAGAGUGCUGCAGCUCUUGCGAAUGCUAAAUCACUACUUGGCGAAGCAAAAGGAGACUUCGAGACGAUUCCUCAACAUCACAGUUCACCGUGUUGUUGCUGUGUCGCCACAAAUGCGUCUGGUUGAGGACAAUCCGACGAGUAUUUCACUACUCGACAUCUACAAGAGUGGCUGUGCGAAGAUGAAGAUUGAACAUGACACACCGAUUGCGAGAUAUUACGAGAGAUUGGCUGAAGUUCAGUGUCGCGGUUCGCAGACGACGCAUCCGAUAUUGCGUGAUAUUUUGCGUGAGAUUCAGCAGUCGAUGGUGCCGAAGACGAUCCUCAAGGAUUGGGCUGUGCAGUGCUUCCGCUCGGCCACGGAUUACUGGCAAUUCCGGAAGAUGUUCACGCUGCAAUUGUCGCUGGCGUGUCUGUGCGAGCACGCGUUGCAUCUUACGCGCAUCAAUCCGGACAUGAUGUAUUUGCACCAGGAUUCGGGGCUCAUCAACAUUUCCUACUUCAAGUUUGACGUGGACGACACGACGGGCGAACUGGACGCCAGUCGGCCAGUGCCGUUCAGGCUAACGCCCAAUAUCGUGGAAUUCCUGUCCAGCAUUGGCAUUACAGGGCCGCUGACGGCGUCCGCCAUGGUCACGGCGCGGUGCUUUGUGCAACCGAACUUUAAACUUCCCACGAUCCUUCGCACGAUUCUGAAGGAUGAAAUUAUGGCGGUGCACAAGAAAAGGCCAGUCGACGAGAAUCCCAGCAUUGAUCCCAAUGGGGAUUUGUCGUCUGACAAGGGCGCGAACGAGGUGGACAUGGAGAAGAUCAUCACAAUUGUGAACAAGGGCGUGAACAGUAUCAUGAACAGACUCAACAAUCUGUCCUACUUCGAGAGCGUGGAGACCAACAAGAUGGGAACUCUUGUGCAAGCAGCUCUGAAUCCUGACAAUCUCUGUCGCAUGGAUCCUGCCUGGCACCCGUGGAUGUAAAGCAGAUGACAAACAUUGAUGUAAGAGACUUGGGAAACAGUCUGAAAUGAUUAUAAUUCUAAUAAAAUUUUAUCCUUCAUGCAAUUUCUACUGUUCUUAU